AUGUCGAUUCACGCAGUUCAGCGAAAGGUUGAAACAUAUUCCUAUGGUCCCAAAAUAGAGCUUCAAAUUUACAGCAUCAAAGAAUCGGUCCCGAGCUAUGCACAAUUACAAGGGAUGUUUCACACUAAAACAACACCUGGUCUCGACACGCCAGAAUUUGUGGUUUUCUUGAAUCAAGCUUACGGAGAUUAUGCCAUGCAGAUUUUUCUCGCAGAUACAUUUUAUUGA